AUGGCGCAAGUCCGUGACAAGCUGGCGGAGCCGUGGAAAGGCGUGAACCUGGGUGGCUGGCUUCUCCUGGAGCCUGGUCCAUCCUACCCACUCUUCACACAGCAUCCUUUGAGGGACAAGAGUGAGGCACGGUGCGAAUGGGACAUCAUGAAGGGCUUGAUUGCCAAGAUGGGCAAAACCGGAGCAGCCGAAGUGUUGCGAUCUCACCGGGAGACUCACAUGACGAAGGCAGACUUUCAGCGGAUGCGAAGCUGUGGUCUCAAUGCCGUGCGCCUGCCCUUCGGCUACUGGGUGGUCACGGAACCCAGGCCCAAGGAGCCUUACGUCGGUCCGGCCUUGGAGUACAUCGACCGGGCGGUCUCUUGGGCCGAGGAGUUUGAUCUUCAGAUCGUGCUUGAUUUGCACGGAUGUCCUGGUGGUGAGAGUCCGGAGGCUCCCUGCGGCCGGCGCCAGCGGCCUGAGAGCCGAUGGAACUGGAAGCAGUGGGACUUCCAGGCCUCACUCAAGGUGCUGCAGAUCCUGGCACGGCGUUAUGCCCAGCACUCCUGCGUCACGGGCAUCGCGGUUUGCAACGAACCAUCGGGGGAAGUUCCGGCCAAAGCCCUUAUCUCGUAUUACUCGAAGGCUGUGGACGUCAUACGCAAGGCGGGAAUGGACGCACAGAGGGUUGCGGUGGUCUUGCCCGUGUUCCAGCGCCCGGAAGGUGAGGAGGACUUCAUCAAAAAGUGGUCCAAGUCCACGAAAGGACGACAUCGCAACGUGUGCUUCGAUGUGCACUGCUACCAUUGUUUCGAGAACCAGUUCCAUGGGAAGACUUUUGCGGAGCAGCUACGAGCCGUGGAGGCCAAUACCGAGAUGUUCAAGCAGCAUCCCAUGGUUGCAGGGGAGUGGUCCCUGGGUCUCGGCCAAGCCACCUGGUGCACCUGCGGCGAUUUGGAUGAGGACACCGUUCUGAGCAUCUUCGGUGCCCAGCAGCAGGAGGCCUUCAAGAGCGCCUCUCACGGCUCCUUCUUCUGGAACUGGAAGGAGGAUCCUGAGAACAAGGAGUGGCACUUCCAGCACUCCUGCGACUCCGGGCUUCUUUCCCGGCCUCCCUUGUCGCUUCCCCCUUGGGAUCGCCAGGGUGAGGACCCAUUGGAGGAGCUGCUCCAUCCCUCCCCGGAAGACCCUGUCGUCUACUAUGGUGACACCGUCUACCUUCGUGUGUUCCAUGGUCGGUACAUCGAGGUACAAGGAAAGACUGUUGAUUGCAAUUGGCCAGACAAAGGAAUCUGGCAGGCCUUCUCCUUCUGCGCAUCUGAUGGGGAUGCUGCAAAGGAGAAGGGCAGCAGGCGUCCCGUGCGACAUCGUGACAUGCUGCGGAUCCGCGCUCACAGCGGAAGCUUCCUGGCCGUACCCAGCAACGCUGCCACCGGCGCAUCUGUGACGACUACGCGCAGCAAAUCCUGCGCAGAAGCCGAGUUCGAGGUGUUUCUCCAGCACACCAGCGUCUUAAAGCAUCGCGGGCUGGCAUACUUCUUCAGCCGGGCGACUGCCACCACUCUCGACGCAGACGAGGACGAGUCGGGCAUCCGCGCUCGCUGGGCGGAUUUCGGAGAUUGGCAGGCGAUUGCAGUUGAGCGACCUCCAGAGAUGCAGCGCCAUGUGGCCUUGGGAAGUCUGACGAAAGAACCGCCGCGUCAAAGACAGCGAGGCCGACGUGGAUCAAAGGACAGUCCAGUCAAGGCAGCAGUGGAACGUCCGUCGCCUGGCGGAGCAGUAAAGCGCAAAGCUCUUGAAUUGGAGAGCGGCUCAGCGUAG